CGAAUACAAAAUAAAAUCUAACUUGAUUAAAUAUUAUAAGAAAAUUAUUACAGGGAAUAUCUUGAACAAUUUUUAUAAGAUUUUGAAGGAGCUUUAACGAUCAUGUUUUCAACCAUGAACAUCAUCACACGAUUCUUUAUAAUUAGCAAAAGAAGAAGAAGAAGAAGAAGAGGAAGAAAAAGAAAAGGCAACUUUGUCACGUUCGAGUAAUUUUGCCGCGAAAAAACAUUCCUCCCACUCGGUAUCGCAAUCAUCCCCUUCUACUCAAAGGUCUAGCCAAUAAGGACGCACCACUCACACCACUGCAGCCCCCUUGUGACGACCUCUGUCGGUAGCGAAAGAGGGUGUGUUAGGUUAAACGGUGAGGCGAUUGUCAUCGCGUCGUUCUUCGUGCCGAUUAAAGAGCCGACUUAGACGAUACUUGCACCUCUGCGGGUGCUUUUUCGCGUGUAUUUGCCAGUGAUGGUUCCGCGUUGCUUCCAUUACCUUGACGCCCUUAUUUUCUACACCGUUAAUAACCAAGAACAAGAAAAGAAACAGAAACAGUGCACGAUGAUCUUUUGGAUCAGUUUUCCUUAUUCUUCCUAUGUGUGGAAUAGACACUGACGAUAUGGAUGCAGUAUGGCUUCAGUACUUUGGCAUAUCUCUGGAAAUAGUUAUGCUUCUCCUGCCUUUGUCUUGCUCUUACUGUUACUCUGCCCACACAAUACUACAGCCCGUGAGGUAAUUGAGGCUCCACUGCCACAGCAAGACCACAUUCCAUCACUGCCACCACCACCGGGACGUCUCACCACUGCCAAAACACCAAAGUGUGAUCAAAAAUUUAUAAGCACUCCUGAUGGGCCCCAAAAUGGAACUUUCUAUGCACCUGCACUGAUAAAUCUAGAAGGAGAAUCUCGGCAGUGCGUUUACACGUUUUUAGCAGGACCACGUCAACGCGUGGAACUUAUUUUUACUACAUUUGGUCUUCGAGGCACACCACCAGCUGGAUCUGCUGUUGGAGAAUUACCUGCUUGUAGCCAUGAAUACAUGGAUAUAUAUUCGGAAAUUCGUUCAGAAAACACUACCAAGUUAAUAGAAACACCAUUUGGAGGUCGUUUCUGUGGCCCUAUUCCUCCUCGAAAACGUGUUUCUCUUUAUCAAGGCAUUGCUCUCAGUUUUUAUACUGACAAAAAUAUAACGUUACCUAGCUUAUUCAGUGGGAAAUAUACUUUUAUCAAUGCAUCUGAAUUCGAAGUUGGAACACCAGUACCAAGUGCACCAUGUUCUUUCACAGUAAAUUCAGAUGCUAAACGUACUGGAAACAUAUUAUCUCCCACUUAUCCAGGAACUUAUCCAAAAGAUCUUGCAUGUAGUUAUCAAUUCAUUGGAAAAACAAGUCAAAGAAUACGCUUGGAGUUUCGAGAUUUUGACUUAUUCUUUGGUGGACCGCAUUGCCCUUUGGAUUACGUAAAAGUAUAUGAUGGGCUCGACAAUUCAUCUGCUGUUAUUGGAACAUAUUGUGGGCAACAACGAAAUUUGGUGUUAUAUUCAUCAGAAUCCAGUCUAUUUGUAUUAUUUGUUACUCUUCAGCGUACAGCGAAUACACAAAAUCGUGGUUUCAAAGGAAUUUUUGAAUUUUCAGAAAGUUUUGUUAAAUUAGACUUUAUAAUCAGUUAUAAUGGUGAACAUAUACGAGGAUCGGAAUGUGAUCAGAAGAUUUUAAGUAAAAAAAAAUCUUCUGGAUUUGUGGUUAGUCCUAAUUUCCCGUUUCCUUAUAUGCCAAAAGUUGUAUGUCGUUAUUUUAUUUAUGGAAUGCAAGAUUCACAACAUCUUGAACGUGUUCGCUUGGAAUUUGUAUCAUUUGAAAUUCCAAAAAGUGAGGCUAAAGGAGAUUCAGCAUGUACCGAUGGUUACUUAAAACUAUAUUUGAAAGGUCAAGAAGCAACAGAUUCUUAUGAUAAAUUUGAUUAUGAAUUAUGUGGUAUGAAAAGUAAUCCAGAAAAUGUAGUUAGCGAUGGCCCAAGACUUGUUAUGGUAUUCAGUAGUGGAGAAUUGCAAGGGAAAGGUUUUAAAGCACGGUAUACAUUUGAAACAGAAUAUAAAAUACCUGGAACAGCAGAACCAGAUGGUACUUGUACAUUUAAAUACAGAAGUUCCUCUCGAAAAAGGGGAGAUUUUAAUUCCCCGCGAUAUCCUAGUAAUUAUCCAAGUGAUACAAAUUGUACUUAUUUCUUUUAUUCAACGCCAAAUGAACAAGUGACAUUGAUCUUUGACCAUUUUAAAGUUAGAACCAAAAAUUUGAAUGUAACGUCCGGUCACUAUGGGUUUGAAUUAUGUCAAGAUGACUGGUUAGAAAUUUAUAUUAUGUAUCGCGAUAAUACAGAAAAAUUAAUAGGCAGGUAUUGCGGUAUGACUGCUCCAGGACCAGUAGAAUCAACUCUUGGUGCUCUUGGUUUAAAAGUAAUUUUACAUUCAGAUUCCGAACUUGUUUAUAGCGGAUUUAAAGCGCGUUAUACUUUUGAGGUAGCAAAACCAAUUUUUGGAGAUUGUGGAUCAAAUAUUAGCAGUCUGAAUUAUGGAGUAAUAACUAGUCCUAACUUUCCAAAUAAAUAUGAUGGGCCGUCGAAAAAUUUUGCCAGUAAAACAUGUAAUUGGUUCAUAAGAGUACGACCGAAUCAACAAAUAUUAUUGAAUUUUGAUAAAUUUUCUGUAGAAGGUGAUCAAACUGCACGAGGUUGUCCUGCAGCAGUACUACGUAUGUGGUAUUCUAGUUCGUCCACGCCACUUGAGCUUUGUGGUGUUAAAAAUGGUGAUUCCAAGUGGAGCUUUUUAUCAGAAGAUAAUAAUAUGCGUCUUAGUUUCAUAUCAGCAGAUAAAGCGGUUGGACAACAUGGUUUCAGAGCAAUAUGGACAGAGAUAAAUAAAAAUAGUAAUUGUCCAAAUCAAUUUCUUUGCAGCAAAAAUAAGUAUUGUAUUGCAGAAACGUUGAGAUGUAAUAAUAUCAAAAAUUGUGGGCCGGACGAUUCAUCGGACGAAGAGAACUAAUACAUAAUAAUCGAUUCCAAAGCGUCGAUAACACAAAAGUCACUCAUAAAAAAAGAUGAUACGCGAUGCCUAUACAUACUAAAUUUUAACUUCUGGGUAAGUAGUUGUACACGUGUGUACAGGUGAGAGAGUGGUAGGAUUGAGCGGAUGAAUGCUUGUGUGGUGUCGCAGGUGCAGCAUCAGCCCCAUUGUCACCAGCACUGGCUGGAGUCUCUGCCAUGCUUCUUCUCUCUCUGUGCUUUGUGUUCGUGGCCAUCUGAGCCCCUCAUGAAGCUUCCGACGAUCCGGCAUGUUAUGAUCUCCCUUAUCACGUGAGUUCUCUCACAGUAUUGCACAUCAUACCACAUGAAAUUCUUGAAGUGAUUGAUGUGUUUCCAAUAAAAACGGUUUUCCUUACAGCAAUUGCUGAGUCAUUGUUUUUUGAUAGACAAGUUUUGUUAACAUUAUGCAGCAUUAAUAACAUUAAAAACAUUAACGACAGUUAGUAUUGGUCAUUGAUAUCAACGAAUAUGAAAUAUGUAUUAGGAUACUAAACUUAAACAAAUUUUUUUUUGCUAAUCGUACUACCCAUAUUAAUUUUUCAAACCUGUUUUACAGGAAAUAUUAUAUGGUGUCAUUUACUUCUUGUAAAGAAAAUUUACUUCUUGUAAGAAAAAUACAAUAAUUUUUGAUCACUACAACAACAUAAAAUCGGCAAUUUCUACAAUACAUAAUUUCUUUAAAUAUUAAAAUUAUAUGUGGUAACACUGAAAUCAAAAAGCAUGCAGGAUGCUAUUUAUUAUAUCCCUCUUAAUCAUAUAAAUGCAUGUGUUUUUAUAUUCUUUUUGUGAGUCUUGCAAAAUACUUCCUGAAUUGUAUUGUUGACCUCUUUCUCUUGUAGUUUCCAUCAAUAACCUUUGAAGUUUGCAAAUAAAAAUUUAUGAUCAUCUAUAUUGACACCAAAACCCUUCUAAAAACUCUAGCACUAUAGAAAUUGUAAUGAAUUCUAUUUGUUAGAUGUAUUGUGAUCAACAAUUUUAUUGUGUUUAGGUGCUUCAAUGAUAUAAAAAAAAACAAAGUUUGUACAUAUUGAUAAGAUGUACAUAGAUAUUUCAUGUGAGCUUUAAGAAAAUACUGGAUUAUAUAUAUAACAAUACACAGUCAAACAGACUUUAUUCAUAAAUUUACAGGUGCUGCUAUGGUACCAACAGAUAGCUAUCUCAUCCCAGCAAUAUCUGCUGCAGCUUCUAUUUUAGUUGUUCUGUUUGUAUGCCUGCUAUGUCACAAACUUAAAAGACCUAUUCAAGAAGUUCACAUUGAUGAUCUA